CACAGUUCCGCUGCCUGCAAGAACUAAAUGUUAAAAUCAAGAGGGCGUAGAUUUAGCAAGACGUGGCUGAGGAAAAGAAGGGACUUGUGCACUGAUGGCUCUUGGCAUCCACUCGAGGGUUAGCAUUGCACAUGUCAACGGCGUCUGAGGUCGCUUGAAGAGCUUGCUGAUUGUUGAGCAUGAUGAAAACGCAGCAUGCAAAAGUCCACUGCGACGUUCCAACCGUGACGAAUGAUUUACAGGUUCCCAAAAGCAUCGUCCACGUGAUCAGGCUCAUCGUCAAGGCCGAAAACCCGCGUGGUAGAACUACGGUAGCUCUCGACGCGACUCUCCCCGCAACACCACACGCGCGCAAUGAUCUCAACUGAGGAAAUUCUCCAGGGCGCCGCCCGCGACGGCUCCUUCGACGUCACCGAGUGGCCGCGGGUUCUGGACGACAUUCUGGCUCGCCUCGAUGAGAUAGUCCAAAAUGACUUUCCAAAACCCUCGAUACCCAUCCCCGACCCUCCACCCCCGCCGCAAAUCCUAGGAAGCACGCCCGUCAAACCCCAAGAGCCUUCGCUUUCCAGUCAGGAAUCACAAUCCGCCGACAAGGAGAAUGCGCCGCCACCCUCGACCCCUCCACGGCCUCCCGUCCCCCAAUUCUCGCAGUCGUCGACCCAGCCCGCUGGAACACCCACCACGUCGCAAGAAUCACAAGCUCUCCCCGCCGAGACCAUCAACUUCUACACGUCAAUACGCAACACCCUAAGCAAGAACUUCGCGCGCAACCCACCGCACACUAUCCAGCGUCUGUCAGAGCUGGUCCUUAGCCCGCGCGCCCACUACCGCUGCCUCCCGCCCUAUCUCCGCGCCCUCGACCGCGUCGUCUCCGUCUCAUCCCCAACAACAAUCUUCCCCCUCCCAAUCGCUGUCCUCCCCAGCAGCGGCGGCCUGCUCAAUGGCACCACACCCUCCGCCCCGUCCGCCCCAGGCAGCGACGAAAGCUUGGGUGGCGCACUCCUAACACCCAUUCCCUGGCUACGCGACCGCCCAUCCCAGAGCGAGCUCGUCUCCGAGAGCACCGAAAUGGUCGAAGGGCCUAACGGCGCCGGCCGCAUCGAGACCGUGUCUGUCAUCAACGGCAUGAGCACGGGGGGCUCGUCUCCGGCGUCCACUGCGACGGCGUCUAGCACCACUCUCGUUGGCAAUGGCACCGGGAGUGCGAGCGGCAGCUCUAAUUCCAGUAGUACCGCUUCUCCUUCCUCGUCGGCGCAGACGACCGAGUCCGAGUCCGUUGGUGUCACUCAAGGCGAGUUACUGCGCCAAGAACAGGAAGCCGGCGUCGUACCCACGAACCAGGGCUCUCCACAAGCAAGGCGUAACAUCCAUCCCGUGGAUUCCUCUAACCAAGGCGGAAAUAUCAUGGAAACAGUCGAGGGCGAUGAGGAACCUGAAGUUCCGCACGCACGUGGUCCCGAGGAGAUAGGGAUGGAGGAUAUGGGACCACAGCGGCAGAAUGCAGGGCGGAUAGAUAUCGAAGCAGCGGUAGGGAGGCCCGCGGUGGGACAUGGGGAGGAGGAGACGAAGAAAGAAGAGAAGAAUGAGGAGAUGCCAGAUGCCGGGGAGACGAUGACAACGAUAUGAGAUCACUGACGAAGAGGACUACUUCCGGCGUACUGCCAUGUUGGUUUCAAGGGAUUGGGUAUUUGGAUGGGCGCCUGGCGUGGAUGACAUGCAUCAAAUCACAGGGGCAAGGUAGGUCUGGAUGCGAUUGAAUAGGAAGGAAAUGGGAUUGAUAGAAAACCCCUCUUGCGAAUGCUGGCCGGCGCCCAAAACGCCCGGGCUAUUACUGUUCUACACACCAUCCU